CUGAACCCCCCAAAACCUCUCUCCCUUUCUUUUAUCCCCCCAUCCCCUUCCUUCAGAUUCUUCAUUUUUCUCUUUCCCGGCUUCAUCUCUCCGCACCGACUACCAAACCUUCUCCCCCAAAACCACCACCCUCCUCUCUCCCAUUCUCUCUCUUUCCAUCUAUCCAUAAACUAAAGCUCUCUCAUGGCAUCAGAAGAAGCAACAUCUGAACCCCUCAAAUACAAGACUUGGGUGUUAAAGGUAUCAAUCCACUGCGAGGGAUGCAAGAAGAAGGUGAAGAGAGUCCUCCAAAAAAUUGAGGGUGUUUAUGCGAUUGAUGUCGAUGCUCCCCAAAACAAAGUAACGGUGACAGGAAACGUGGACGCCGAAACGCUUAUCAAGAAAUUGAUCAAAGCCAAGAAGCCCGCAGAUCUUUGGCCUGAGAAGAAACCCACCAAUCCAAAUGCCGACAGUAACAACAACAAGAAGAACAAGAAGAACAAGAAUCAGAGCAAAGAUUCGUCCAAAUCCGAAGAGCCCAACGAAAGCUCUGAUGAUGAGAAGCCAUCACCCUCCGACGAUGCCUCCGCAACCGCUGGUAAACCAUCGGAACAUGCAGGGAAAAGUGAACGCAGAGCCGCCGAUGCCAACAAAGCUGAAGAAGCCGCCGGCGGCAAGCCCGCCGAGGCCUCGAAGGCCAACAGCGAAGCCUCCAAGAGUGCUAACAAGGAAACACCGAAAUCCAAUGGAAAGAACGUCGGCGAGAGCUCCAAUUCAGCACCCGACAAGGCCGCCGACACCGCCAAUGGCGAGAACGCCACCAGCCAGGGCGGCAAGAAGAAGGGAAAGAAAGCGCAGAAAGAGAACAGCAAUAACAACGGCGGCGGCGGAGAAUCUGUAGCUAAGGAGGCUGGUGGCAACAAUCCGGUGGCCGCCGGCGGCAUUAGCUCGCCUCCGCCGCCGUCGCCGCCGCCGCCGCAGCACAUGUACCAUUACCCGAUGUACCCUCAUCAGCCAGCGUACGUGGUGAGCUACAACAUGGCGCAUCCGAGAGCAAGCCAAGCAUACUACGCCACCCCUCCGACUCCACCGCUCUCUCAGGGCUACAUGUACUCACCCUACCCUCCGCCGGAGUUUUACUACGGUCCUUUGGAGCCGAGCUCACCGACGCCACCGCCGCCACCGCCGGGACCCUAUGACAGCAUGUUCAGCGAUGAGAACCCAAAUGCUUGCAAUCUUAUGUGAGGAGAGCUGCCGGCCGGUGGCCGGAAUCCGGAGGCGCCAGUACUGCCAUCUUUUGCUUCAGGUGAAGUAAUUAGAAUUUAGAUGAAUGUAUAAGUUGUGAGAUGUUAAGCUUAUACUUCUUGUAUGAAUGGAGUAGCGGAGCUGCGGACGGAGUGUUGGCAUUGGAGUUGGAUGGUUUUGUAACUGUUUUGUGUUGUAAAGCUAUAUUAGAUGUCAGUAUCAAGUGAUAAUAACAUGUUUUAGUUCAGGGGCUCUAAAUGAGCUCCCUUCUUCUCAUU